UAUGCAAAAGCUUAGUUUAAGAAGCAACCCAAUUCCCACUGAUAUCACAGCAAACUCUCUUACACACACACGCACAUACACACACACACCCAUGCACACACACACACACACACACACAGAUCCUGUACAUCAUUAAGAUAGUCUGUUUGUGAUAUGUCCACACAAAACAAACUUAGAGAAACAUCUCUCUCUCUCUCCCUCUUUGCCUCAUAACAUUACACAAAUCAGCUGUCUUCAUGUGCUAGGUUUUCUGGGACUGUUUUUGUUUGUUUAUUUUAUUUAUUUGUUUGUUUGUGUGUCAGGCAGAUAAGCGCUGCGAUGGCCUCCACAGUCAGCUGUAGCAGAAUGGCAUCUCAGGAACCUGCUGACCAGCAGGACCAAUCCUCUCUCCUGACUGACCAGCAGGUCCAAUCCUCUCUUCUGAAUGGACAGCAGGUCCAAUCCUCUCUUCUGAGUGGACAGCAGGUCCAAUCCUCUCUUUUGAAUGGACAGCAGGUCCAACCCUCUGGACAGCAGGUCCAAUCCUCUCCUCUGACUGGACAGCAUCGGUGUCCAGUUUUGAUUCGGCAGCAGUGUAGUUCUCCUGGCUUUCUUGGACAGCGGAAGAGUUCUCCUGCUCUGAUUGGCCAGCAGCAUGGUUCUCCAACGCGAUUGGACCCCAGGAGGAACUCCAUCCCACCUGCUCAGGCUCUCACGGCCAAACACCUGUUGGCAUACCUGCCCCGCCCAACACCUGUGAAGACCAGAUACACACCCUACUCAAAGAAGGUGGGGAUGAAGGCUGCAGCAGUGGCGGUAGCAGCGCUAAACUCCCACAACAUUCCCAUCCUCUCCCAAAGGGCCAGCUCCUCACAGCCAGCCAUUCCCAGUUUUCCAAACACUCCGGCUCUUCCCAGUCCACCCGUCAUUCCGUCCCCCCCGGCCCCCAAACCGCCCCUCCUCCUGCUGUCCAGGAUGCUGCGGCGCCGGACGAUCUGAGCAAAGCCCUGCGCACGCUCCCCGGCCGACACCUCAAGCGCUUCAGCUCCCGCUGGCAGGCCAGUGUGCUCGGCUCUGACCGGAACGGCGACCGGAACGGCCCAGCGAACCCUGCCACCAAACACAUCCAGCGGAAUCAGCGCUGCAAGCUGCUCGGCGACGAGAGCGCCGUCGUCAUGGGGAUGAAGCGACAGCGCUACGUGACCAAGGACGGGAAGUGCCGCGUGAACCUGGGGCCCAUCAAGGACAAGAGCCGUUUCCUGUCGGACAUCUUCACCACGCUGGUGGACCUCAAGUACCGCUGGUUCCUGUGCGUCUUCACCGCCUGCUACCUCAGCACCUGGCUGGCGUUCGGACUCGUCUACCUCCUGGACGCCUGGCUCCGGGGCGACGUGGCUCACGCCGGCGACCCCGACUGGCCGGCCUGCUUCGAGAAUGUGGACGGCUUCCUGUCGGCGCUGCUGCUGUCGGUGGAGAGCCAGCGCACGAUUGGCUACGGCAGCCGGCAGGUGUCGGCGCACUGCUGGGAGGGGGUGCUGCUCAUCAUGCUGCAGUCCAUCCUGGGGUCCAUCAUCGACGCGCUCAUGGUGGGCUGCAUGUUCGUGAAGAUCUCGCGGCCGCAGCAGCGAGCGCAGACACUCAUCUUCAGCAAGCACUGCGUCAUCUCCGAGCGCGACGAGAAGCUCUGCCUGCUCUUCCGCAUCGGCGACCUGCGAGAGAGCCACAUGGUGGACGCCAAGAUCCGCGCCAAGCUCAUCAAGUCACGCCAGACCAAGGAAGGGGAAUUCAUACCACUGGAGCAGUCGGAAAUUAACCUGGGGUAUGACACGGGUGGAGAUCGUCUGCUGCUGGUCGAGCCACAGACCAUCACGCACGUGAUCAACAACAGCAGCCCCUUCUGGGACGUGGGGGGCGAGUCGCUCAGGAGGGAGCGCUUCGAGAUCAUCGUCAUCCUUGAAGGCAUCGUGGAGGCCUCGGGUAUGACAUGCCAGGCUCGGACGUCCUACACAGAGGACGAGAUUCUGUGGGGUCACCGCUUCGAGUCGUGCAUGCUGCUGGAGGAGGGGGCCUUCCGCGUCGACUACGGCGCUUUCGACAAGACCUUCGAUGUGCACACAUCGCCGUCCAGUGCCAAGGCCAAGAGCGAGGAGAAGGAGAGGGAGGUCAAAGGUCAUCUAACACCAGAUUAGUCCACUUAGACUCUCUUCAGCCUGCUGUCUGUGAUGACAAACUAUCAUGAAGAAUUGAAAUGAAGAAUUGAAACUAUGAUGAAAUGAAAUGAAGAAUUAAAAUAAAGAAUUGAAACUAUGAUGAAGAAUUGAAACUAUGAUGAAUUGAAAUGAAAAAUUAAAAUAAAGAAUUGAAACUAUCAUGAAGAAUCGAAAUGAAGAAUUGUAACUAUGAUGAAGAAUUGAAACUAUGAAUUGAAAUGAAGACUUAAAAUAAAUAAUUGAAACUAUGAUGAAGAAUUGAAACUAUGAUGAAGAAUUGAGCCCAAAACACAUCUCAUCACACACAAAAGCUCACCACAGCAUGGCUCUACCUGGUCCAUAUCACCACAGCAUGGCUCUACCUGGUCCAUAUCAUGAGGCCCAUUCCUUGAUUGUAACCCAUCACACUGGUCAUCAAAAGUAGUGAACAUCGCUUCUCAUUCCUCCAGUCAUCUUUCAGCUCCAUUGUGUUCAACCCAGCAUGCAUCACAUCAAGUCAGAUCUGCACAGAUCUGCAUGAAGACGAACACGCCCUGAUGGCGUUAGAGAUUCCGAUAUAAGACAUCUAGCCUUUAUUAUGUAUAUCUAUGUAGAGGACCAUCAUCAGGGUAUUCUCACACGCCCCCUGGGGAGUAUUUGUCUGGAUUUAGGUGAUUUCACACAGACUGCAUUUCUUCCUCAAAUAGAACAGUUUGUGAUGCAGUGGACCUAAAUGUCCUCUAGAUGGCGCAUGUCAUUACUGGGUGAAGCAGCUUACAGUCAUCAAGUAGUGGUCAAGUAUUGUAGUGCUUUGCCCACUAGGGGAAAUGAAGGUCAGUAGGUUAUGCAAACCUGCCAGACAGGACUGAUGAAUAUGAUGAGGACUUUGUGUCCAAAUAUUACAGAAACCUGCAGGUUGCUAUGAUGAGAUCAACAUGUUGAUAACUCUUAUCUCCAAAAUAUCAACAUUCUAAAAUCAAACGAUUGGUUACAAAGAUUCUCUAUACCAUGUUUAUAAUGAAAUGUUACUGUACAUCUUCCCUGUGAUCCUAGAUUCAGGCUGACACACACAAACAAACACACACAGACACUCCCCCACAUCAUGUGCUGAUGUCUGACCCCACACCCACUGCUAUAUACAGUAAGGGAUAACGGCCACCGAGGGGUAGCGAUAUACGGAAUUA